AUGUUCCUCUUUCAAACUGGAUUUGUCAAUGUGGGAAAUAUUUCUGUCUUUGUGAAUUAUAUAGUCAUUUUCUUAGUGGCCUCUGGGAAGAAAUCAGUGCUCCUUUUUCUCAUCCACUUGACUUUUACAAACUUCCUAAUGCUCUUUUGCAGAGGAAUGCAAAAGAUAAUAGCAGCUUUUGGUUUGAGAAUCUUCCAAGAUGAUGGAGACUGUAAAACUGUUGUUUACCUGCAGAGGGUGGCCAGGGGCCUGUCCAUCAGCACCACCAGUCUCCUCACAGUGGUCCAGGCCGUCACCAUCAGUCCCAGAGCCUCCAGGUGGGGGAGGCUGCAGCCCAGGUCUGCCUGGCACCUUUCCAUAGCUGUAAGUGCUCAAGAAUUUGUGACUCUUCAUUAUGCAAAUCUCAGUCCAUUUGUGCUGAUUCACAGAAGUGGACAUCUGGCUAAAUGUUGGACUUACAAAGAGAAAAAGACAUGGAGAAAAUGUCCACUUAAGAGAUCCUUUCAAUAA